AUGAAUCGCCAACGGACAAAAGGGUGCUCAAUUGUCAACAGCGUUGAGCAUUCCUUUGAGCCUCAAUUAUCUGCACAGGCCUUCAUGUGCGACAAUGAGCCCUCGACAGAGGCUUCGGACACUGUAGCCCUCGACGCCCACCACGACGCCCGCCAGCUGGUUCGCUUGGUCCAGUGCCCGCGAUGCUCGAAACCGCUGAGUACCCCGGUCACCCUGCCCUGCGGCCAUACCGUCUGCCGCGACUGUCUGCCGUCCCCACAACCUCGCGCCAACAUAUCGUACCCCAACACGCCCGACCGCCUCAUGGGCAUCGCAUGCCCGCUGCUGGGCUGCGGGGCCGAGCAUGCGUCUGCAGAGUGUUCAGUCGACGUUACCUUGGCCAAGCUGAUGGACCUCAUCAAGAUGGAAAUAGCACAGCACAAGCCAAUUGCGCAAGACACUCCGACGCUGCUCAUCGAGCUGCCUCAGCCUGAAGAGGUGUCCAUGGACGAGAAAGAGAAGGAAAGGCCUGCACCCGAGGGGCACCAGGAGCAACUGCACGGAGGACGUCUCGUGUCUACCUUUACCAUGGCUGAGAUGGGCAAACUCGGGUACGCUGCCGAGGUUCGCUACCAGUCACUGUCGGCAAGUGGGGACGACUAUGAGCACCUCGAUAUGACGCUAUUGGGGCGCUUGAGGGAAGUAAUACACAAGGAGCUAGACUGCCUGGUCUGCUACAAUCUGAUGCUCGACCCCACAACAACGUCGUGCGGUCAUACAUUCUGCCGCCGUUGUCUUGCGCGCGUCAUGGACCACAGUAGCAUUUGCCCUUUCUGUCGAAGAGGGCUGCAUGUCCCUGCCUCGCUUCAGAACCAGCCUAGCAACGCUAUACUCAACUCCCUGCUCAACGGACUUUGUCCCGAUCUGGUGAGUGCCCGCGCCGACGCCCUCAAAGCCGAAGAGCAGGCGGGCGACAACGUGCUCAACGUGCCGCUGUUCAUCUGCACUCUGUCGCUUCCCUCGAUGCCCACUUUCCUUCAUGUUUUCGAGCCGCGCUACCGGCUCAUGAUGCGACGCGUCAUCGAAGGUAACCGACAGUUUGGUAUGGUCAUGUACAACCGCACACGGGCUCCCCAGGGCGAUCUCGGCGCGGUCCCUUUUCUGGAGUACGGAACGCUACUCGAAAUCGUCAACUACGAGCUACUCCGUGAUGGGCGUAGCUUCAUCGAAACACGAGGCAUCGGCAGAUUCAAGGUGAGAGCGCACGGCAUGCUCGACGGAUACAACGUCAGCCGCGUUGAGCGCAUCGAGGAUGUUUCGCUUGCCGAGGAGGCCAUCUUGGAGCAGCGCGAGACCACCAUGGCCCGCGACUAUGCCGAGGCCUUCUUCCGUGAUCACCCGCAAACCCAGCUGCCGGGCGAAGUUGCCAUAGAGACACUGUCAACGCAGCAACUACUCGACAGUUGCACUGCGUUUGUGCGAGAAAUGAGGGAGGCUAGCGCCCCUUGGCUUCGUGAGCGCAUUAUUCAAGUCUAUGGCGAGCCGCCGGAAGACCCGGCUAUUUUCCCAUAUUGGUUCGCUUCGGUCGUGCCAAUUGUCGAAGAGGAAAAGUACGUAUUGCUGCAAACGGAGCGGGUUCGCGAGCGCCUCAAGAUUGUGUACUCGUGGAUUGGUAGGAUCCGUGGGCAGCGAUGGUAA